CAGGAAGUGACUCAGCCGGCGACAUGAGAAACAACAUGGCCGAUGGGAGGUGAUUACCACAUUCUUUGCAGAACAUUUAAUUUUAAAUUAAACCGUCACUACUCAAAAUGCAGUAAAAAGAAAUGACAACAAAGUUUCGACAGCGAGCAAGUGGAGGGAAAAGUGUACGUCACCUUAUAGAUCAAGUCAAAAUCAAGCCAGCCUUACAUAAAGUUACAUAUGAUUCUAGAGCCAGAGGAUGGAUUGGACCACAAAAAGAAACUCAUUCAAAAUGGGUGAAGGCUCGAGGAGCAGUUAUGUUCCUUGGUAUUCGUAAUGCAACAACAAGACCACGGAUAGAUGUCGCAUCAUUAGUAAGGGCUACGAAGAAUAAAAUGAGUUUCUCAAAGAUGACAUACGUUGAUAAAGACGACAGCAUUCAGGUAACACUUCGAAACCCAUCUUUCAUCAGCAGACCAUUCGACACAACGAAAUCAGAGGGCGCAGUAUGGACAUCACCAAAACCAAUCGGCUCAGCCAAAGAACGAUCGAAAUACUUCAGUUUCGAUAGACCGAAGACUUCCGAUCGUACACGAUUAUCUUCGGCCGUCAGCAGCCAUCAAGCACAAUACUUGAAGAAAAUUUUACAAGAGAAGGAGAAAGAACUUCAAAUGAUGCAGAAAUUGUUAUCAAAGUCAACCGAUGAAAACUCAAAGUUGUCAAAAGAGCUGGAAGGAUACCAGGGUAAAAACUACGAUGAAAUCUAUUUGGAAAAUCUAAAGUUGAAAGAGUCCAUUUCUAGAGUUUCUAAAGAAAAUGUUAUCCUGAGAGGGCAGCUUCAACAGGAGAGAAAUCCUGCUGUUCAAAGAAUGCUAAAAAAAGAAAAUUUGCUGAGGAAACAAAACACAUUAUGACCCGAUUUGACUGAUCUAUGUUAAAUAUCAUACAACAUUUACUCAAACACAAAGAAUCAAGUUCAUCACUUGAUGAUGUUUUACCUGAAAAUAAACGCAAUAGUUUGUCAACUUUCUAUCGCACUGAAUACGUUGAUUUUUUCAUGUAAUAGAUGAUAUAAGACAAAUUAUUUUAUUUCUAAUAGAUAACCCAUAAUAAGCAAAAUCGGUGGCCGUCUGAGUAGUUCAUUUAACUUAAGUAUCACUUACCUUGAGUUGUGUGUUUGACCCUCGCAGGUAGUAGGCGCGUCCGAUUCCAGACUUAAUUCACUAGAAUUGCCAGUUUUCCUGCCGACAAUCGGUUGUUGUUUCCUGUGGCACUCCUGCAUCCUCCACCAAUAAAAACUUGCCGCCAUGAUACAGCUAUCAGUGCUGAAAACGGCUUAAACCACCAACAGUUAACCAAUCAAUCAGUUAAGUUUUGGGAUGCAUUUACAAAAAUAACUAACAAUUAUAGAAAUCGCUUUGUAAAGCUCUUUUACUCUGACUACGAAUAAAGUUAUCCUUAAUAGCGCGAUCCUUUAAGACAGGUUCGAUCUAUUGAAAUAAACACACACACACAUAUCAUUUAAAUAUCAAGAGAUUCUUAAAUAAUUUUCAAACACAAUUUCUAAUUCUUUAAUAUAUUUUGGGGUAUUUGAUUAAAUAAGUGACGCCUGCAAAUGCAGAUGACGGUACCAAUAGGUGAAUGCUGUUGCUUUUAAUUUUAUUAGUGGUUGUUGUUUUGAUUAACAUACAACCGUUUGUUCAUUAGGAAUCUGUGUUUCCCCUUUUCAACACAGCCACACUUUUUUAAUCACAUAAGUUCAGUUCAAUGGCAUAAUACGAUAACAUACGAUAUCUUAACCAAGUCAUACAGAUACUUUGAACAAGGCCACCAGCUAUAGUUGUGGCCGUCAUGUAAUAUAAUAUGGCAGACAGUAUUAUUAUGUAAUUGUUAUUUCCCUUGUUUAAAACUAUAAAUUUCUUUAUUUGAUAAUUUACAUGAAGCUUAUUCGAUAUAUAUUUGUUAAAUUGAAUAGAUGUUGAUAUUUUGAAUUCAUUGGUUUAAGAUAUUUACUUAUAUUCUAAAGUUUAGUAUUUGCAUCGUCGCAAAUCAUUUAUAACCUUCUUUGAGAAACUUAUAUAUUUUAUAUACUAGUAACUGGUUUGGAAUUGUUAUGUUGAAUUGUCUGAGGACUGAUGUUCAGUCCAACCUAGGAAAGCUGUGCUUAUCCAAACCUCCCUUUAAGGUUAGUGCAUCUGCCAUUUAUGCCUUCUUAAUACGGAUUGAAGUCAUUGAAUGCUCCAUUGCUUAACCUUUUGGAUUUCAUUACAAAAGUUGUACUUAUUGAAUAAAUUAUAUAUUGUGUU